GAUCGUUGGAGCAGUGAGUAUUUCUCAAAUGACUUUGAUAUUCUUGACCACUGUGAUUUGGAGUUAAUGCUUGGCACAGAUAUGGAUACAUAUAAUAGUGAAAUUACCGGAUGUGAUGGAAAUUUGAAUAAUGACAUUUUGUUCAAUCCCUUACGGAUUCUUGAAUACAUUCGAUUGAUGAAGAUGUACAAUUGCUACAAUGUAACCAAUCAAGCCAGAGGAGAACAUUUUGAAAAGGACAAUGAACAAGGUUCAUAUUCGUGCAGAGGGCCUGGAUGUGAAAAAAAAUUAUCAUUGUCUAAAAUUACUUCACUAACAUAA